CAUGUUAGCCUAGCGCGAGAGCACUCACGGCUCUACUUGUUCUCCUGCGUGGGCUGCGGCCACAGCACAGAAACCCCACCGAACGGCUGCGGGACGCGAUAACAGCGCCGCCCUCCACCGCGCGGGACAACCACUGCAGAACCAGCCUUUCGACGGAAGAGUUGUUCGAGGAAACAUGACAACCAAAGAGCCGCGCAGCAUGCUGCGGGAAGCGUCUCAUCAGAUUAUCGCCGGUGGAUCAGCUGGUCUGGUAGAGAUCUGCUUGAUGCAUCCCCUCGACGUAGUGAAGACGAGGUUCCAGAUCCAAAGGGGAACCAGUGACCCCAACAGCUACAAGAGCCUCGGGGAUUGCUUCCGGACCGUCAUCCGCAACGAGGGAAUCUCUGGCUUCUACAAAGGGAUCCUUCCUCCGAUUGUGGCGGAGACGCCGAAGAGAGCCGUCAAGUUUUUCACCUUUGAGCAAUACAAGAAGGUGCUGAAUCUGACCCCUUUGUCUCCUGGUUUGGCGCUGUCUGUGGCGGGGCUUGGCGCAGGCUUGACCGAGGCUGUUGUCGUCAAUCCGUUCGAAGUUGUGAAAGUCAGUCUCCAGGCCAACAGAGACUCCUUGGCCGAGCAACCCUCUUCAUUCGCUCAAGCAAGGCGCAUCAUUAAUUCGGAAGGAUUCGGACUGAGAGGCCUGAAUAAAGGACUGACAUCGACCCUGGGACGCCAUGGGGUUUUCAACAUGAUCUACUUCGGCUUCUACUUCAAUGUCAAGGAUGCGAUUCCUAGCAGCCCGGACCCCACCCUGGAGUUCAUGAGGAAGUUUGCUAUUGGCCUUGUGUCAGGCACCAUUUCCUCCUGCGUGAACAUCCCCUUCGACGUGGCCAAGAGCCGCAUCCAGGGUCCCCAGCCUGUGCCCGGAGAGAUCAAGUACCGCACCUGCUUCCAGUCCAUGGCACUAGUGUACCGGGAGGAAGGGUACUUGGCACUAUACAAGGGGUUGGUGCCCAAGAUAAUGAGGCUUGGACCAGGUGGAGCUGUGAUGCUGCUGGUCUAUGAAUAUGUGUCCGGAUGGCUACAGAGGAACUGGUAGCCCAAAAAACUAAAAGAAAUCACAGCAUAAAAAAACCAAGAAAGUGCCUUAUGGCUUGAGCCUCAUUUCCAAUAUCGUUGACUGAUUUCAAGUGACCUCAGACCAAAUACGUCCUUUAUUUUUACCUUGAAUUUACCACACUGCUCUGCAAAGAAACACAUCAGCCUUACUUAAUAACUGUCAUGUUCUACUCUAAAAGUCAUUUUUUAAGGAAUUAAAAACAGCCGUAAUAUAUGAAAAUUGACCAGUACUUUUUUACAAUAUAAAACUUUUUUUUAACACGGUGCUACUUCUUUUCAGAAUUGUCUUCCAAAUUGAGAACAUUUUGGGAUAUUUCAGUGAGAGAUUUAUGCAUUUUGUGCUGCUCUCACUGAUUAGAGGGGGACCUAAAGAGCUCUUUAAUCAAAUGAUAUCUUUGAAUUAAACUUUUAAAGGAUAAUAACUAAGAAUGCUUUUAUGAAGUCGCUUCUUGUGUCAUAAAUACUUAAUUUCAUCAUGUUAAAUAUUUUAAGUUUCCAAUGGUCAUAAUGUAAAGUUUCAAAGAAUGGAUUAAAGCCAUGAUUACAAAAUACCAAAACAGUGUCACAGUGAAGGUAUAAAGGUAUGCAUCUUCUACACAUAAUGAUUGUGUAGAUGCAUCGUGGGGUAUAUGAAGAUACUAACACAAAGUUAAGAUGAGUCUCACUUUGAGCUCUUCUGGAUUUGGUGGAUCAUUCAUAUCUAUGAAACAUAACUUGAAUCUUAAUCAUAUUAAGAUAUAUUACUUUUACUAUUAUGUAACAGGAAUACAAACUGCAUUUAAAGUUACAGCAGAACACGGCCUAUAGACUCUCAGGCAUGUGUGGAUGUACACAUCAUCGUAUACAUCUUAAAUAAAGGGUGAUCACACCAAUAAGACUUACUUUCUAUCUUCAACGAACCAAAUACCUGCAAUAGUGCCUGACAUUUCUUGAUAAGAAUUACUAUAAGAAUUUUUAUAAACUGAUAUUGUUAUGGCCUAUUAGACAUUUUUUUAUUAAGAUCUUUUUGCAUGAGGGAUUUUUUUAUGGACCUCCUUUGAAUUGGAAUAUGAAACCUUUUAGUGGUAAGAAAAUUGUUAAUUGGACUUUUAUCUCAAUGUAGCUUCUGUGAAACGUUACUUGUAUGUAUCAGUAACAAAUAAAAGAAGAAGCAUUCAAAAC